UUACCGGAGAGAGAAGGCGGGAGGACUCCAUCCACCGCCCAUUAGAACGCAGAAUCAUUACCAAAACCAAAAUCACAUAUACCGACAACCCAUAGUAUCAUAUAUGCCCAAUCUAAGUCUCUCUUUUUCGUUUCUCAAGCUUAGUUAGCUAGCCCUAGCACAAAAAACACCUUCUACUUACUUGUACUACCAUUUUCUUAACUUCCAUGUACAAAAAUUAAGUGUAUAAUUGAAGUAAAAGGCUAUGGAUGAGGAAGGAGAGAUGUCAAGAAGGCCAAGAGGCAGGCCAGCUGGAUCAAAAAACAAGCCCAAACCACCCAUAAUCAUCAACCGGGACAGUGCCAACGCCCUCCGAACACAUAUCAUCGAAAUCGCGGAUGGUUGUGAUGUAAUGGAAAGCGUUUCCAAUUUUUCACGAAGAAGGCAAAGAGGAGUUUGCAUUAUGAGUGGAACGGGAAAUGUUACUAAUGUCAACUUAAAACAACCAGCCUCACCUGGAGAGAUUGUAACUCUACAUGGUCGAUUUGAGAUCUUAUCGUUAUCUGGAUCGUUCCUGCCCCCGCCAGCUCCAUCAGCAGCAUCAGGGUUGACGAUAUAUUUAGCUGGCGGGCAAGGACAAGUGGUGGGAGGAAGCGUGGUUGGCGGGCUUAUGGCGUCAGGGCCAGUAGUUAUUAUGGCUGCUUCGUUUAGUAAUGCUGCUUAUGAAAGGCUUCCGUUGGAAGAGGAUGAACAGAAUCCUCUUCUAAUGCCAGGUGGUUCAUUGGAACCUCCUGGAGGACAACAACAAUUAUUAGGUGACCCAUCGAUGUUUCAUGGGACGCCGCCACCAAACCUUCUCAACUCCAUUCAGUUACCGCCUGAAGCCACUGGCUAUUGGUCAACAGACCGACCUCCAUUCUAACUUGAAGAAAUUUAUGCAACGGGUAUUCUUGUUACUUGAGUUUUUUUUUUCCUUAACUUUUUUCUAUUACAUCGGGAGAUCAGGAAAAUGAAAGAGGGAUGACGUGAGUUGAACUCACAUUUAUUACGUCAAAGAUUUUCACCGGUACCACUUAGCGUUGGUGGUAUUCUUUUUCUUCAUUCACUUGUCUAGUUAGAUUGAACUUCUUCCCUCUCUAUCCAAGAGUUCUUAGAAAUUUUUUCUAGGAAAAGGAUUUUUUCGGGCUGUUGACCAUUUGAAGUAAGUUUUCUAGUAUUUCUUUCCUUUAGAUACCUCUUUACUUUGAAUUACAUCCUUUUUCGACUAGUUUUUUGUAUUGUUAUUGGUUUAAUUAAUGGUGAAAUGCUUGUAAUUUGAUCAAAUUAACUUUGAAAUUUUGCUGCUUUCUUGGUGACCCUCGUGCUAAUAAAAAAAUUUAAAUCUUUCAAACUAAAGCAAGUUCGAGUUUUGGAUUUUCUGUGAACCCCAUAUUUUUAUGAUAUUGAUUCAUUUGAACUGACAAUUGAGACUAGGGUGCAAAAUGUACACACUGACCUGUCCAGACCCUACUUACGAAACUACGUUGGCUGUAAACUAAGGAUACUGUUAUGAAAUCCAUAAUCAUGAUAUACUAGAUUGCAGUAAUGAGUACUAAUUAUGAGUACGUUUUUUCCUGACAAUAGCAGUCUAUAUUUACACAUAGAAUUAAGAAGUCUUCUUCUUAUGACUUAUGGUGUGUUCGGUA